GUCCUUUUCCAUUCUGUAUACAGAUACACACACACAUACAAAAAAAAUAAAAAUAAAUAAAAACUUGGACUACAUUAUUCCAUUCACUUCACAUUUCACAUAUAUCUCUCUUGAUCCUCUCUCUUCUGUCAUAAGUGAUCCAUAUAAUACAAGCAACAACUGUCACAGACAAACUUUGAGUAGUACCUCUUUUAAGUUUUGCAGUUUCAUUCUCUUCUCUUUCAUGCCUGACUGGUCUCAUGCUUCUUGCCUCUUAAGCUUAAACUGAAAGCACUACCAAAGCCACAGGGAUGAUGGCAGUGAGUUCAGCCUGCAAAGAUGGUAGCAAGGUGGCAAUGGACAACGGCAAGUACGUGCGUUACACACCUGAGCAGGUGGAAGCACUCGAAAGGCUUUACCAUGAAUGCCCCAAACCCACUUCCUUACGCCGCCAACAACUCAUCAGAGAGUGUCCCAUUCUCUCCAAUAUUGAGCCCAAACAGAUCAAGGUUUGGUUCCAAAACAGAAGGUGCAGAGAGAAGCAGCGGAAAGAAGCGUCACGACUGCAAGGUGUGAACAGGAAGCUGACGGCAAUGAACAAACUAUUGAUGGAGGAAAACGACAGAUUGCAGAAACAGGUGUCACAGCUGGUGUAUGAAAACAGCUUUUUCCGCCAACAGACACAGAAUCAGGCGGCGACCCUUGCAACUACAGACACAAGUUGUGAGUCGGUGGUAACGAGCGGUCAGCGCCACUUGACACCGCAGCAUCCACCGAGGGAUGCAAGCCCUGCUGGACUUUUGUCCAUUGCAGAGGAGACUUUAGCAGAGUUUCUUUCAAAGGCCACUGGAACUGCUGUGGAGUGGGUCCAAAUGCCUGGGAUGAAGCCUGGUCCGGAUUCCAUUGGAAUCGUUGCUAUUUCUCAUGGUUGCCCUGGAGUGGCUGCACGUGCCUGCGGCCUUGUGGGUCUAGAACCUGCCAGGGUUGCCGAAAUCCUCAAAGAAAGGCUCUCAUGGUUUCGUGAUUGCCGAACUGUGGAUGUUCUAAAUGUGAUGUCCACUGGAAAUGGGGGAACCAUUGAACUGCUUUACAUGCAGUUGUAUGCGCCAACAACUUUGGCUCCAGGUCGUGACUUCUGGUUGCUGCGCUACACAUCUCUUUUGGAGGAUGGUAGUCUUGUGGUUUGUGAAAGAUCACUUAACAACACUCAGAAUGGACCUACUAUGCCCCCAGUGCAGCAUUUUGUUAGAGCCGACAUGCUGCCAAGCGGGUAUCUGAUUAGACCUUGCGAUGGAGGGGGAUCCAUUAUUCAUAUUGUUGAUCAUAUGGUUUUAGAGCCAUGGAGUGUACCUGAAGUUCUACGCCCACUUUAUGAGUCAUCAAUGCUGCUUGCUCAGAGGACCACUAUGGCGGCUUUACGUCAUUUGAGGCAGAUUUCUCAAGAAAUUUCUCAGCCAAGUGUCACAGGAUGGGGAAGAAGGCCUGCAGCUCUACGUGCGCUUAGUCAGCGAUUGAGCAAGGGCUUUAAUGAAGCUGUCAAUGGGUUUACAGAUGAUGGCUGGUCCUUGUUAGAGAGUGAUGGCAUUGAUGAUGUCACCCUUCUUGUGAAUUCAUCACCUAGCAAGAUGAUGGGAAUAAAUCUUGGCUAUAACAAUGGAUUCCCUUCUGUGAGCAGUUCCGUGCUAUGUGCCAAAGCAUCCAUGUUGUUACAGAAUGUCCCUCCGGCAAUACUUCUUAGAUUCUUGCGGGAACACCGAUCAGAAUGGGCAGAUAGCAGCAUUGAUGCUUACUCAGCUGCUGCCAUUAAAGCUGGUCCCUGUAGCUUGCCAGGGGCCCGAGCAGGAGGUUUUGGGGGUCAGGUUAUUCUUCCACUAGCUCACACAAUUGAGAAUGAAGAGUUCAUGGAGGUUAUUAAGCUUGAAAACAUGGGCUACUAUAGGGACGACAUGACUAUUCCUGGUGACGUUUUCCUCUUGCAACUUUGUAGUGGAGUGGAUGAGCAUGCAGUUGGCACCAGUGCAGAACUUGUUUUUGCUCCAAUAGAUGCAUCUUUCUCUGAUGACGCACCCAUUUUACCUUCUGGUUUUCGCAUCAUACCUCUUGAUUCCAGCACGGAUGCAGCUAGUCCAAACCGCACACUUGAUCUUGCUUCUGCACUUGAAGUUGGAACCGCCGCAAACAAGGCAACUGGUGACAAUUCAGGUCAUUCUGGUAGCGCAAAAUCUGUGAUGACAAUAGCAUUCCAGUUUGCAUUUGAAGUCCAUCUUCAAGAUAAUAUAGCAACAAUGGCCAGACAGUAUGUCCGUAGCAUUAUUGCAUCUGUUCAGAGGGUUUCAUUAGCACUUUCUCCUUCGCGUUUCGGUUCUAACAAUGCUUUUCACUUACCACCUGGCACUCCUGAGGCACAAACACUUGCUCGGUGGAUCUGUAACAGCCAUAGGUUCUAUCUAGGGGUAGAGCUACUAAAGUGUGAAAGCAGUGAGUCCAUUCUCAAAUCCCUUUGGCAUCACUCAGAUGCAAUCUUGUGCUGCUCUUUAAAGGCAUUACCCGUUUUUAUGUUUGCAAACCAAGCUGGACUUGACAUGCUUGAAACAACCUUGGUUGCACUUCAAGACAUCACCCUGGAAAAAAUAUUUGAUGACAACGGAAAGAAAACCCUGUGCUCUGAGUUCCCCCAGAUAAUGCAGCAGGGUUUCAUGUGUAUUCAAGGUGGUAUCUGUUUGUCCAGCAUGGGGAGGCCAGUGUCCUAUGAGAGAGCAGUAGCAUGGAAAGUACUAAACAACGAAGAAUCGGCUCACUGCAUCUGUUUUAUGUUCAUCAAUUGGUCUUUUGUUUAAUAAAUUAGAAUAAAAUAUAGGAUGCAGGAAAGUAGAUCAAAUAGCACCUUUUCAUUUUAACUUUGGAGAGUCCCUAUAAUGCUAUAUACUACUAUACUGUUGUGGGCAUAUGCGUAUCCAAAAUCCAUCUAUGGCACUCUUUUUUAUUUAUUUAUUUACUUUUUU